GCAGCUAUACACCCGGAAGCGGAAGUCCAUGUUGAAAAGCCAGAUUCUAGUGGAGAAUUUGCUGGCAGUGGUGCUGUUUGCGGGCACGUGUAGUGGCAGCCGGACCUCGCCGGGCGGGAGGCUGCUGAGAUGGACACCCCUCCGCUCUCAGACUCAGACUUGGAGUCGGAUGAGUGCCUGGCCACAGAUCAAGAGUUGCAGGAUGCGUUUUCCCGCGGACUCCUGAAACCAGGCCUCAAUGUCGUGCUAGAGAAGCCGAAGAAGGCAGUGAAUGAUGUGAAUGGCCUGAAGCAGUGCUUGGCUGAAUUUAAACGGGAUCUGGAGUGGGUUGAAAGGCUCGAUGUGACCCUGGGUCCAGUGCCAGAAGUCAAUGAAACUCAGUCAACACCCCAGAACAAGGACCAGAAGAAAGGUGUUAAUCCAGAAGACGACUUCAAGAGGGAAAUGAGUUUCUACCGCCAGGCCCAGGCCGCAGUGCUUGCAGUAUUACCCAGGCUCCAUCAGCUCCAAGUCCCUACAAAGAGGCCUACCGAUUAUUUUGCAGAAAUGGCUAAGUCAGAUCAGCAGAUGCAAAAGAUUCGACAGAAGCUGCAGACUAAACAGGCUGCCAUGGAGAAAUCUGAAAAGGCCAAGCAACUUCGAGCGCUUAGGAAAUACGGAAAGAAGGUGCAAACUGAGGUCCUUCAGAAGAGGCAGCGGGAGAAAGCACAUAUGAUGAAUGCCAUCAAGAAAUACCAGAAAGGCUUCUCUGAUAAGCUGGAUUUCCUUGAGGGCGAUCAGAAGCCUGUGGCACACGGUGCAAAGUCAGGAGCUAAAGGCCAGCCGACGAGUAAAGGGCCUAAUGCCAAACGAAGAUACAAAAAUCAGAAGUUUGGUUUUGGUGGAAAGAAGAAAGGCUCCAAGUGGAACACUCGAGAGAGCUACGACGACGUCUCCGGCUUCCGAGCCAAGGUGGCUCACGGCAGGGGCCCCCGGAGGCCUGGGAAGAAAGGGGCGAAUAAGAGACCUGGGAAACGAACAAGGCAGAAACUGAAGAGCAAAGCCCGCUGAAUAGCAUCGUCGUUUAUAAAGAACCAAGGAGAAGGGGGUGGGCACUCAGAGUGUUUGUCCUGCUUUUUGUAGAAAAUUAUUUUAAUAAAUUAAGCUUAUGGAAGAAAAAUA